AUGCUGCUUCGGCCAGUUAUUGUUAUCCUCCAUCACUUAUCACUGCCGGCUGUUUUGCUCCCUCAGACAACUUAUUUACCGCAUCCAAUCAUUGGCAUCACCGCUGCUCAUUCUUGCCCACAACGUCCACCAGGUUGCGAACUGCACUGUCCGUUUGGUUAUCGCUUCGCUCUUACCGGAACUUGCUUGUGCUCUUGCCAGGAUGAUCCUUGUUUUGUACGUCUUAUCAGUUGUCCACGUCUGGUCGGAGGUGCGUGUGUGCAGCGCUGCAGUGGCGAUGCAGAAUGUGGCGGUCUGUUGAAGUGCUGCAGUAACGGCUGCGGUCGGGAAUGUGUUAUGGCUCUGGCUCCACUCGCGCUCCUUGAUUCGCUCUCAAUCCAUCCUCUGCAGGCUACUGGACGAAUCAAUCGAGUCGGAAAUUGUCCUCCAAAAAAUUACAUCAAAAAAAGCAGCUGCAUCUUGGAGUGCACACACGACGAGGAGUGUCCCUGGGUGGAGAAGUGCUGCGAUAAUGGUUGCGGUCGUGUAUGCACACCACCUGACAAAGCGACAGCAUGCACGGUUGAUGGGAGGUUCAAGAACAUACAGUGUGACAAAAGCUAUUGCUGGUGUGUUGAUGAAAAAGGCAGUGAAGUUACUGGUACCAAAGCAUUCAAAGAAGCAGGCUUACCGAACUGUUUACGACGAAAAAGUUGUUCGGGCAGGCUGUGCGCGAAAUUAUGCCAGUUUGGUACCAAAACGGACGAUGAUGGUUGCCCGCUGGAGACCUGUGAAUGCAGGAACAUUUGCGAUAGCGUAAAAUGCACAAAUGAUUUUGACCGAUGUCAGCUAGUAGAGCCAGAAUGUGCGCGACCACCAUGUCAGCCUAUAGGAUUCAAUAAUCUUGGUUUCUGUUGUCCUCGUCCAGAAUCAGAAAUCCACAAAGGAACUUGUUUACCCAACUUUUCGCGGCCUAAUGGGCACUGUGUGUCAGAAUGUCAUGUUGAUUCGGACUGCUCAACAAACGCUAAGUGCUGCUUUGAUGGUUGCAGUUUGAAAUGUAUGCCUGUUGCUGCCAUCCGGGCUGACCAUUCUACUGAACGGUCAAUUGUCGUUCCAGAACAGCUAACUACUAACGAAAAGAAGACGCCGUACCCUGCUGAAUGCCCUUCCAGUAUUCCACCAAAUGUGAGAUUCGGGAAGUGCGGAAGUCAGUGUAAAACCGAUCAGGAUUGCCCCGGUGUUAAGAAGUGCUGCAAGUAUGGAUGCACAUCGCUAUGCCUGUUUCCGACCAAAGCAACAGAGAUUUAUGGACGAGCUCGAGCCCCGAAAUGUGAUGAGCGAGGCAAUUUCGAACAAAUCCAGUGCGAAAAUGGUGCAUGUUACUGUGUUGAUACAGUUAAUGGCAGCGAAAUUCCAGCCACUCGAGUCGCUUUCUAUAAGGAGCCUGUUUGCCACGGUGUGCCAGAUAUCUGCUCAAGGUAUGAGUCGUUAGACGCAGUUACCACUUCUGUGCUUUGCGAAAGCGAGUCGGAUUGUCCGGAUGAAUACUGGUGCAAUAGCGUUGGUAUACAAUCAAAAGGACUUUGUUGCCCGUUACUUAAGGGGCAGUUGCCUGAUCGCCGAAGAUGCGCCACUACAGAACUGUAUAUCGAGCCCAGCGAGGCGUGCGAAAUUCAGUGCAAAACAGGGGUUUCGACAGAUGAGCCAAGGACUGCCGAAGAUGUGUUGGUGCAAAAGGACCAUUGUCCACCAAUCAAGCAACACGGAAUCACUUGUCCUAGUAAAAAGGAGGUGUGCGUUGCUCGGCUUGUGGAUGAGUGCACGGAUGGUCCGUGCGUUGGUGUGCCGGACUGCAUCAUAAAUGCCUGUCCUCACGGAUUGCCAAUUUUCGACGAAGCAACGUUUGAGCCUAUACGGUGCAGCAGUAAUACACAGUGCACCUCAGUGGACACGCCAUCAUUCUGCCAUAAAUUUCGAAUGUUGGAUGGCUACUGCUGUGGAGGAACAGAAAUGCCUGCGUCAUCUCUCAGGAAGACAACUAAAUUGGGCGAGUGUCCGAGCAUUGACCAAAGUAAAGCAAACUGCGUGAAAGAGGAAGAUGAUGAAUGCGCGGAAGACAGCGACUGCGGCACGGUGCAGAAAUGCUGCUCAAAUGGUUGCAGAAAAUUAUGUACAUACGCUGAAGUUACAACAGGUUGGCCAAUAAUUCUUGUCUGCUGA